AGCAGCAGGGUUUAUCCUGGUUCCACCCACUGGGACUUUCCUAGCUUCCUUCUGCACAGAAGGGGGAAAAAAAGGCAGAGGGAGGCCAGCAGCAGGCACCUCGGGGAGCUCAGGGAGCCGCAGUGCUCUCUUUCCCUGAGCUAGGUUUCUAUUGUAGGCGGUGCAUUCCUUGGGAGGGAGGGUGUGUGUGUGUGUCGGUGCCUUCCCACACUCGGGGCAGCUCUUAUUUAAUGGGGGUCUCCAUGCAGGGCAGACACCAGAGGAGAUUUUGCCAUGCCCAGUUCUCAUCCAGGAGCAGCAGCAGCUCGCACGCCAGGAGCUGUCAUGGACCGUGGGGCUGAGAUACCCAUGGAAGAAGUGGCUCCUGGGACCAGCCCGGCUGCCAGGAUGCACCUCCGGGAGGAUUUGAAGAGGAUACGGUGCGCAGUGCUGCUGUGCCUGCUCUCCGUGCUGGUCCUCGUGCUGCCCAUUGCCUACCUGCUGGUUGGACACCUCAGAGCACCCAGCUCCUGUGCUGGACAGGUCACAGAAGAGAGGGGCUCUCGCUUUCUGAAGCAACGGGCAGUAGAUACUGUUACAGAAACACUUCCCAGUGCUGAAAAGCCAAGAGCUCACCUGACAGUGAAGAGACAAGACCUCACCACCACCACGGGAAACCAUCUGCCCAUCCUGCAGUGGGAAGACAAGCGAGGCUUGGCCUUUACCAAGAACAACCUGAGUUACUCCAGCAACUCACUGGUGAUACCUGUGUCUGGGGACUACUACGUCUAUGCUCAGGUCACUUUCCGAGGGCCAAUUGAAAAUCACACUAAACCAAACUCUGUCACUGAGAUCAUCACCAAAGUCACUGACAGUUACCCUGUGCCCACCAAUCUGCUGACUGGCACCAAGACCCUCAGUGAAAAUGGAAAUAACUGGUUCCAGCCCAUUUAUCUGGGUGCUGUGGUCUCCUUAAAAGUAGGAGACAGGCUAAUGGUCAAUGUUAGUGACAUCAAGCUGGUGGAUUACACCAAGGAGCACAUCACUUUCUUUGGUGCUUUUUUAUUGUAGUCCUGGCAGCAGCCAGUAGGGUCUUCCCAUCAGGGUCCUGGUGUGACCUUACUGGAUCUUGGCUUUGUGGGUGUAUGUUGGGGUGCGAACUCUGUGCUGUUAUCCUUCUGUACUGUCACUUCUCUGCAGCUCUCUGCAGCCUUACAUUAAGGGGUAGGGAAAGCUGAAGCUGUAGGCUGAAUUGAAAGAAGCAAAAACGACUUAGAAAAAAAAAAAAAAAAAACACAAAAAAAGCCAAAACAACUCCCCCAAAAAACCCAACAACCAACCAAACAGAAAAAAUGAAAGUAGGAUGGGAGGAAAAAUACGUUUUUGAAAGUGAAAACUGAGAGCUCUUCAAGAGAUAAGGAGGAGCAGUUUGUAUUUGUGGGUGGGAUUAUUGAUCCGGAAUAUUGCAGCUAGGCUACAUCACUAUCUCCACGUCCAAUGUAUAAAUUAAAGCCACAGAAAAGUGGUUUUGAACUUUCUCCAGCACUUCCAGUAUAGUUUUGCAUGACCCUUCUUGAGAUUCUCAGUUCUAAAAGGUAACUCCUUUCCAUCAUUUCCUUCUAGAACCAUAGAAACAGAUCGAUACUUCUAAAAGGAUUUGCUCAGUACUUUGCACUAACAAAGCUCAGAUCAUCAACUGCUCCAUUAAUCCCUUCAGUUUCCCUCUAAAGUGGAUUUAAAUUCUAUCUUGUGCUUUGCAGAAGCUACUUUUGAGUUCUUUUUCCCCCCAAGAACAUUUUCUGUUUCAGCAUGAAACCUAUCCCUGCUAGGGCCUAACAUUAGGAAAACAGAAUAGACAAGGCACAGAGAGGCACAUAGCAAAAAUUCCCACAUUUUUUAAAUCAACCACUGAUAUUCUGGAAGAAAACCUCUGCAACAUUUUGCUUUCCCUUAUGUUUCAAUUCAAGGCGAGUGCAGCUAAAGAAAUCACUGUCUUGGUGCUCCCCCUUGCAACCACUGCCAAUGCUGCGGCAGUCCCCUAACCACAAGAGACUCCCCAGCCUUUCCCUGGGUGAAGGCUGGCAACCAGCAGUCCAUAUACAAGGUUAGUUCCAAAGACACCAUCAUGGCAUGCCAUGGGCAGGUGUGGAGCUCAAGAACAUUCACCUCCCCACCUCACGCUUUUCAUAGACCUAUUUUCAUAGACAUUACUGUCUCUCAGGGAAAUUCCCCAGCUUGUUUUCUCCUUCCACAAUAAAUAGAUCACUGACAGUGACUCAAGUCAUGUUCUCAUAGACUUGGACUUUACACUGUAAUCUGCUAACGAGGUCUCACACGUGAGCGCCUACAACCCAGUCAUUCCUGCAAUGACCAGAUGCACUCUCUGCAUCUUUUUCUCUUUCCUUCCUCACCUCAUUGGAUUUCCUCCAUUUUCCACUUUUUGGCCAGGAGCGACAACAUGGUUUGGUUGCCUCAUUUCCACUCAAAGCCAUGCUAGUGCCCACUGUUCAUGUCAGGGAGUCGCUGAGGUUGGGGAAUACAUAGCACUGAUCCGAGCUGAAGAGCUUAAAUGGGCAAGGAAGUUCUGUGAUGGAGAGACCCCAGCUACAGAAAAGAUCAUGUGCAGCUAAAACAGCAGAGAGACCAGGCUUCUUUGUCCACAGUGAGCCUCUUCCUAGCAGGAGAUAAUGUAUUGCUAUAGAAAGACCUGCUUGAGCAGACAAGGCAAAGUCAGUAGCACAGCUGAAGCACAGGAAAUGACAAUGAAGGGGGAAGGAAAAAUUGGUUUUUGAAAGAAACUAAGAGCUCUUUAAAACUCUGUAGGCUAGGGGUGAACUUUGAGUGACCAGAAAACCAUGUGGUAAAUCUCAUAAAUGGAGGAUUUAAAACUGACCUGUCCGGGACAGGUGAUUCUCAGCAACUAGAUAGGAAAGUUUCUGUGAAGUGUUAUGUAGGAUGGAUUUGGUUUGUCCUUGGGAAAAAUUGGGGUGCAAAUUCUAGCUGGCUUGAGACAGUUAUAGAAAUUCAGAAAUCUCUUUAUUUCCACAAAUGAGAUGAGACAGCAUCCUUCUGAGGCCAUAAUGCUUGUACAGCAGAUUACCACAAAAACUGUAUCUAAGUCAUCAUCCCUUAAUGCCUCAUGCUCUGAAUGAUGGUAAAUAUGAGAUCUGGGGGAGAGGAGAGGUGAAUGCAGUAUUUUGCAAAGAAUAAAAGAGACUUCUAUGGGGUAUAUACACACAUAUAGACAUAUAUACGGAAUAUACACAUGUGUAUAUAUUCCAUAGAAGUCCUGGGAAGCCCAUUGGCAAUAACAGGCCUUUUCUACCACAAGGCACAUCAUUUGUGUCCACUGUACACUAACAGUGCAUUUCACAAGCAAAAUGGUGCCUGCUGCAACUCCAUUACAGGUGAGACUUGCUUGAACCAUUUUCCAUGACACCAGGAUAUUUAUUGUAGUCCUGUUAGAGCUGGCUUUUCCACCCACAUCAGCUCUUAGUACAUAUAGCACACUAGCACAUUUUAAAUUACAUAUAAUAAUAUAUUUGGCAUUACUUGUUUUAAAGUGGUGCAAACAUAUUAAUCCACACAUCUAACCGAGUGGAAAUCCUCUCUUUCUCUCUUUUUCCCCCCUUUUGAGUGCUAAUAAUGUUUCUGUAAUAGUGACCAACAAAUAGAACAAAUAUGCAGGGACUGAUUCUGACCCUGUGGUACGUCAAAUCCUCCUCCACAGAAGCCAAUGGCUUAAAGUCAGAGUAAAGCCAACUAAAUGAGGCAGAGAACGAGCUUAAAGGGAAAUAUCUCAGGCAGAAUCCAUGAAGUGGAUGCUCAGAUUUUUCCCAAAGCUAAAUAAGGACUGAAGUGUUCUGAGAAGUUUGCGUUUAGUGAAUUAGAAAAUCAUCUGUAAUGCAAACCGUUUCUCGAGAAGUGAAAAUGCAGAUGCAUCAGCAUUUUCAAUUGAAUGAGAGGACAAUGCAAUCUGGCCAUGUGAACAAGUGGCCUUUCCAUCUGUGGUCAGACUGAAAACAGGUUUUGGUUUGGGUGGAUGUGAAACUAAAACAGUUGUAAGAAAAAAAUCCAAGCUGGAGAAAAAAGGGUAAAAGAGGCAGCUCAUGUUAAAUAAGUUAAAACUGUGCAAUUUCAGGGUUUGACUCUUUAUAUAUUUUUAGGAAGCAGAACAAAACCAUUGCAAGAAAUUAUUUUUUUUUUUUUUUGUCUAUGUAAAGCCUGUUCAAAAUACUUCAAUUCUUAGGAACUUUCUCCUUCCUUAGUCUCCUUGGUCCCCAAAAACCUAACACUAAAUGUAAUGCAGAUUCAUUUUUAGUUCCACUUACCUACCAUUCUCUUUCCCCUUAAAAACUAUUGAUAUGUAAGCAUUAACUUUUUUCUCCAUAGACAUAAGGAAGUCAACUUAAAUCAAGCAAUAAGAUAUAAGCUCCAAUCUUACCAACAUAUACUUGUGCUGUACUUAGUCCCGAGCAUGUGGCUAGAGGGGUAUCAUUGUCAAAGCAAGCUCAGUUUUCCUAUUUGGUGUAUGGGAAGGAUAAAAAUCUACAUUGCUCAAAUGGAAAGGGGAUAAAAUGUUUUACCUAUGCCAAUAUCAAGUACACCAUUGUAGGAUCAACCCUCCAAAUCAAGGAGCACUUAUGUGGACCGUAUCCAGCACAUGUAUGUUGGCAGGAUUAGGGUGUAGAGGUGUAAAACUGAAGGUUAUGUUCCUUAGCAAAACAUAACCCAAAUGAUGAAAAGGAUACUGCUGGGAUGAGUUUGGACAUAACCGUUCAGUAGCUAUUAGGAUAAGCACACCAGUAGAAAGGGAAGUUGGGGGAAUCUAAUUUUUCACCUCUGUAUGGUAUAACUGACCACACUGUGCUGUAUUUUAUUUAUCUCCUAAAUGGCCCAUCAUUUCAGAUGAGAAAUGAGGAGAAAGUUCAUUCUUUAGAAGAAUCAGGAAAUGUCAAGAAUCCUUGCCCAAAUGUGGGUAUUAGAUACCAGUAUAGCAUUUUGCUACUGUAAAGGAUUUUGUAUGAGUGACUGUAUUAAUGCCUUGUGCUUCAGCACUGAUGUGUUUUUACCAGUAGAACUGACUUAGCCUCAUGUUUCCAAGCUUUGUGAUAAUAAAAAUGCAAGUUAAUUAAUGUGACAACUUUUGAUCCUGGUUUCAGAAACUCUAACCAAAUGGCACAAUUAAGAGGAGUGAGCCAGUAGAGCCAGAUAAUGCUGAUAUGAAACUUAUUUCUUGUGUGUUAAUGUGUGAAUGAUCCUUGUUUUAUGCACUGAUAGAGGUCGCUUACCAGAGUGAACUCCGAGUCAGUCUUUCCCCCAGGGUCUGUAGAGACAGAAGGCAAAGCCGUAAAGGUUGAGCAGAUUUCCUUUGCCAGUCCCUUUGCAGGGCGGGGAAAAGCUGAUUCCUUCUUUUUGCUAUUUCUUAGUCUAUUUUCAAAAAGCAAGCCCGAAUGAAAAGCAAUGAUCAUCAGAAGCUGCAUCAUAGCUGCACCCACUGAGCACCCAUGGGAGACAGGAGCCACAGUAUCGCCACCCUGCCAAAAAGCCAGGUUUGCCUUGUCUAUAACCAUGCAUAACAGCUCCUUGGCAGCUUAGCAGUUGAAUGCUUUCACUUGUUCAGCUCCAGGCACAACAAAGCUAGGACAUCCUGGCCAGAUGAGGGUCAAAUGAAGGCAGCCAAGCUAUGGACAACCUUAGCCCUGUUCUAGCUCAAACUUUGCUGUCCUUACUCUUUCAGAACAGCAACCACUGGCUAUGUAUUUCUAAUCCUGGAUGUUUGAUCUUCAAUUCCUCUGCUGCCAAGAAUGCAAAUUCUUUCAUUACUGUAGCAAAAUUGAGAAGUUUUCACAUAGAUUUUGUAUUUUCAAAUUUUCUUUUGUUUUCCUGGCUGGAACUUGGAGUGUCACAUUUGAAUUGCUUCAGAAGAGGUUUCUGAUUAAAGGCUUAAGGCGGGUUUUUACUUGAGAACUCUGACAGAGGACGUGUUUACCCUGGUUUCCAUCCACCUGCAAAUGCAGCCUUUGUAGAUGAGCCAAGAUUUCAUUAGAGAAUAGGAAUAAAACUGCUUUCUCCUGGAACACCAGAAAGAUUGAGGAGGUUGAGGUUUUUUAUCCAAUUGCAACCUCACAUUUAAAAGAGCAGCAAAAGUAAAUUAUAAUUUUCCAAUUAUUUUCUGUUUUAACUUGAGCUAAGCAAAAUUCAUUUGAUUUAUUGCCAUUUUGUUCUCUGCUUUGCACACCCAGGGUAAUAGCUUAGCAUCAUCUUUGUGGUCUAAAUAAAGUGGCACAUACAGCCUCCCCCAUCGAGCAUUGUGCUUCAUUUUGCCUACCUUUAACCAUAUAAAAGAUGUCUAUUCUCAACAAUUUUCUAGGCUCCUUCUCUAGCCAGGUAAUGGUAAGAGAUGCACAUUCCUGAAAGGCUACAUAAGCUAGGAAAGGUGGGGAUAACAGAGGUGCUUCUCUCCCAGGGCUGCAGAGGGAUGUGCGUAGUCUUUUCUUAACUAAAUGCAAGUAAGAUAAUGGCAGCACUUGGUGAAUGUGAUCACUGCACUGCACUGCACCCAGCUGGAUAGAGCUGGCAAGCUACUGGCAAGGCUGAAUCUCUGUAGGGCUUAGCAUUAGCAAAUAUACAUGUGGACAUGAAUCCUGAAGGAAAGGAGAACCUCACUUCCAUAUGAUUAAGUUGUUGCUCCGUGAAAUUCAUCCUGCAGAGUAGAACACUACCCAUGAGAGUUCCUUGCUCUCAUCUUUUGGCCAAGAUGCCCAACCACAGCUGGAUGUGCUACUUGCCAGCUUUGUUCUUGUAUGAAGACCCCUUUUCCCAGCUGGGGACAAUUUCAAUGUCACCAUUAAUAUGUCCAGCUUUUAGGAAGAGCUCUGGCAGGAGCAUGGAGACUUUGUCCCCUAAGCAUCUUGCAGGAUGGAGCAUAAGAUGAGAUGAAAUAUAAGUGAUCUGCUCUCAUAGGAAGUCCUAUGCUAUAAAAAUCUCAGCUCUUGGCCAGGCAGCUGAAUAAGUGACAUGCUUUCUAACACACUCAGCAUCCAUCAGACAAGUUCUCAAAGGAAAUGAGGACUCCACUCUUGGGUUUGUUUCUGAGGCCUGGUGCCAAAGCUAGAUUAGGAAUUGCACAAAUAGGAGCUGUAUUUAUCAACAGCUCCAAACUCAUUUUGCCUCGGAAGUAUUAUUGCUAAAUCCUUCAGAACAUCAUGAAAGGCAUUGCUCAAGAAGUUACAACCUGGUUCAUUUAGCACCAUAAGUCAGGACUGUUUGGGGUUUUUGAUGAAUGAACUGAAGUAGCUUUCCAGAUGCUCUCAUUCUUGCACAAAGAAACGUUCUUUCAUUGAUUGUACAGUUUGAUAUUAAAACAUCAAAAAGGCACUGAAAGUGAUUGCUGCAUAUUUAUUGAUACUGUACAUAUGGUUUUAAUUUUAUGUGAGAGAAACUGUAAAAACCAUGGUAUAAAGUUUAGCUGUAUCGUACUUAAUAGCUAUUUAUUUUAGAGAAUGUUUUUGAUGCUUUCUGACAAUAAAGUUUACAAAUAGUUCUUUAAAAAAGAACUUUGUCUUAAAGCAGAAAAAAAAAAAUAAAAGCAUUUUAUUUGUUUCAUAUUUA